AUGGCCCCACGUAUUCUAUGUGUCACAAUUGAUGUGUCUCAUGUUUUUGUGGGCAGUGAUGAGCAGCCCUCUGGUAUCGGCGGGUUGGACAAGAAUCAGGCAGGGCCCCCUCUGGUAGGGUUGGAGCAUUCAACCGGUAAUGAGAAUAGUGAGCGGCGAACGUUUGUGGAGUCGUUGCAGCAGCCUAUCCCUCCUCCAAAGUUUAAGCUUUCAGUCUGGUGUCCUGAGGUCGGAUUGCCUCCUGAGUUUUGCUACACGUUUUGGCAAGGUCAAAUUGAGGUGGCUUGCAGAAUGGUUCAGCGUGUAAACCGUGGUCAUGACGGGAAAAAGCAUAGAAAAGUGGAUGGGAACAAGGAAGAUGCUAAAACUUGGAAGGAAGUGGGUCGUAAGAGCCCUGCUGUUGUGAUAAAUCAUGAAGAAGGCAUUGCGAAAUUAAAUAUUGAGACAAACCCAGAGUCUAUGAACAAAGCCGAGUCCAGUAAGGAGGAUUUGGAGAACUCUCGUAAGCAGGUUUACCAAGGGGAGAGGGCGCAUGUUUAUAAUUCUGAUAAUGAAGAGGGUGUUAUACAUGCUGUGAUGGGAAAAGAAAAAAUUUAUGAUUCAGAUGUGGACCAUAUUAUGGCAAAUGGGAAAUCAAAUCCGAAGGAGGAUAAGACUCUGAGAAAAUCACAACGGAAUAUUAGAGGGCUGCGCAAUUCUAGAGGGAGAUUGAAGAAGCUGCUUAUUAAAUUUAUGGUCUCUUUAUUUGCUAUAUCGGAACCUUUUGUUGAUGAUAAUCGUAUGGCUUCUCUUGGAAAUGCUAAUCAGGCUGCUAAGUUGUACGUGUUCUGGAAUAAUCCAAACAUUUUUGAAGUUGUGCUUUGUACGUCCCAAACCGUGUCUGGUUGGUUUAAAUGGAAUGCUCACCGUGUUAUUGUUACUUUUGUCUAUGCUAAGUGCUCAUAUGUUGAUAGAAGAGAACUUUGGCAUGACUUAGAAGAGAGGACCGAUAUGGAUCAGCCAUGGUUAGUUUUGGGUGAUUUUAAUGUUAUUCGCAGGGAUUCGGAAAGAGUUGGUGGGAAUCCUCGGCCUCUUAUUUCGAUGUUAGAGUUUAGCGAUUGUAUAGAUCGUUGUGGUCUUUUGGAGAUAUCUAGUUGUGGUCAGAACAUGUCUUGGUGUAAUGGGCAUGGGGGAGUGUCCAGAAGUUGGGCAAAACUAGAUAGAGUGCUCAUGAAUAAUGUUUUUGCCAACCUUUUUCCUUCUGUUCACUUCAAUUAUUUGAGCCGUAAAUCUUCUGAUCAUUGUCCGAUGGUAGUGUUCUCAGAUCGUCCUGCUACUUCCUAUGGUCCUUCUCUGUUUCCUUUUCUGAAUAUGUGGUGUUUACAUGAUGGGUUUUUAAUGUCUGUGAAGGAAGCUUGGAAUGAAUGGGAUGCGGCGUCUGGGCUUCUUAAGCUUUCUAUUCAUCUGAAAAGAACCAAGCUAGCGCUUCGUGCUUGGAAUAAAAAUGAGCUUGAGGAUGAUUUUGUGGCUACUAAGAUCGAGAUUGAAAUAUGGGAGAAAAGGGAAGCUUCUCAUCUAGGCCAAACUGCUAAAAAGAAAUGGUUGACUGAGGGAGAUCAAAACUCGAAGUUUUUUCAUUUAGUUAUUGACCAGAGGAGCACUAAGGGGCAUAUUAAUAAAACGGUCCUUGUCGAUGGGAGAGUUUUGUAUACUGCUGAAGAGGUUCAUGAGGAGGCUGUGGAUAUUAUCAAAGAGGAUGUGGUGGAGGUUGCUAGAGAUUUUUUUAGGGGUGCUCCUCUUUCCAGGUUUUAUUCUUCCUCUUUUAUUGUUCUUAUUCCGAAAGUGCCUGAACCUUUCGGUUUUGAUAAAUUCCAUCCUAUUAGUUUGUGCUCUGUGGCAUAUAAAAUCUUUUUGAAGAUUAUUGUGAAUCGUCUUAAUUCUAUUCUUGAUAGUUUGGUCUCUCAUGAACAAGGUGCGUUUAUUCCUAGGCGUAAUAUUUUUGAGAAUAUUACUCUUGCUCAAGAUAUGGUUCAGUUGCUACAUAAAAAAACUAUUGGUGGUAAUGUUUUGAUAAAACUUGAUAUGGCCAAGGCUUAUGAUAGGUCUCAGUGGUUUUCUGUUAUGAUGAAUGGUACAUUCAAAUAUUUUUUUCAGUCUGCUAGGGGUCUUCAUCAAGGGGAUCCUCUUUCUCCUUAUCUUUUCAUCCUCAUGGAAGAAGUGUUGACGAGGCUUCUCAGAAACAAUUUUGCGGAAGGUCGGGUUGGCGAAUUUAGUCAUCCUAUUGGUGCUCCUUUGGUUUCUCAUUUACUUUAUGUUGAUGACAUCCUUGUUUUUGCUAAUGGGGGUAAGAGGUCUAUGAAAAAUCUUAUGCAUACUCUUGAUAUUUAUGAGAGGUGGUCCAGUCAAGAAAUUAGCAUGGACAAAUCUGCUCUUUUUCUAUCUAAGUUGAUCUCGACUUCAAGAAAGAGAAGUUUGUUGAGUCUUACGGGCUUUAAGGAAUGUAAGUUUCUUGUUACCUACUUGGGUGUGCCGUUGGUUUCUGGUAGAUUGACAACCCGGAUUUUUGAACCGUUAAUUGAUCAAGUCAGGAAAAAGUUGCCGGUUCGAAGUUUAAACUGUUAUCGCCGUGUGGUAGAUUGA